CCGCAAUCCAGGAGCAGCCCCGGCCGCGCCGCGCCGCGCCGGCAGGGCCAUGGACGGGCAGGGCGAGCCCGAGCCCGAGCCCCGGCCCGCGGCGGCCGCGCUCGGGGCGCUGCUGCCCUCCAGAGACUUCCUGUGCUCGCACAAGGGCCGGCUGCUGCCCGCCGAGGCGGUGCUGUCAUUUAUCACCUUCAUCUGCUAUAUUGCAUCUUCAGCUGCAGCUUUCAUGAUGGUACCGCUCUUAGAGUUUCUAAUGGCAGUGUUCCUUUUCUUUGCCUAUGCCUCGAAGCUUAAUGAGAAGUUCAAAGGAAUCUGCUGGCCUUUGUCGGAUUUCUUGCGCUGUGUCACUGCCGCCAUUAUAUAUUUUGCCAUCUCAAUUGCUGCAGUCUCAAAAUAUUCAGAUGGAGCAGCCAAAGCAGCAGGAGUAUUUGGAUUCAUAGCCACGGUAGUGUUUGCCAUCGAUUUCUACAUUACCUUUAACGACCUGGUCACAUUUCUCAAACAAGGCAAUUCUUCCAAUGACAACGAAGCGCAGAAGUCAGAAGAUGAGAACUCCGAUUCGGACUCGGACUGAAGAACAGAGCAUUGACAGACUGUGGUGUCAAAGGGAAGAGAGGACCAAGCACUUUCCUAUUUGCUGAAUGCACUGCCAACUAACAGCUUUCCCCUUCUGCUGUGGGUCUCUGGCACCAGUAUUCUCCCUCUUCACCUCACUGGUUACAGGCUCACCAAAGCAAGUGGCGCAGUGACGUGUGGGGAGGAGAAUACUCCCCUGGCAGGUAUCAUUUCUUUGGAAACAGAUGAUUCUGCAGCAGUUCAGCCUUGUGCAGAGAUCCAUGUGUUAACAUGAAUCUCAGCUCUCCUUGGCCUGCCCUUGUUCAGCGCUACAAUUUACUGAGUGAACAGGAACGUAGUAUUGUAACAGAGCUUAUCUUUUAACAUGCUUUCUUUAUUCCAAACCUUUUACACUUCCAGCUUUAAUCUUUCUUGCUAUACCAAAGUCAAGAGGCAUGGAAUGCCUUUUAAUGUUUUGGGGUUUUUUUUCAGAUUAAGCAGUAAUCUUGUAGAUGAAGUCUCAGUACCUUUCCUAUCUCCAGCACUGAUGGUGUAGGGUAUAGUGAAUGCACGGGGUUUCAUACUGCAUUUAACUCUGUCUGCUGCCUACAUGUGACAAGGAGAAAAUAAGCAGCAGGAAAUGUGAAACAUGAACAAAUCUCAAAGCAGGUCUGAGCCUUGGCUCAGACACUGGCUCAGUGGACCUUACAUUUUCCAUCAUUUGUAGAAUUUGCUAGGGACAAGUCACUGACUUCCCAAGCUGCUUUCUUGGGACCACUUCCCAGCCUUCUCAUCUUUCCAAAGUGGGGCUGAUGCACCAUCCUAACCUCACCUUCCUGCCGCUUUCACAGAAGCCCCAAGUACAGUCUGCCCGUUUACAGCUCCAGGUUACUGCAGAACGUCCAGGCAGGGCUGGCUCAGAGCCAUUGCAGCAGCCUGCAGGGACUUCGGAGCGAGGUAUUGCUGCCUUAUUUCUUGAUCUGUACUGUUAGUAGCCCUCCAGUCAAGAGCAGUGAGUAUUCCAGGUCUGAGAACAUCUGGGCUCCCAGCUCCUGACCAUCACACGGCCAAGAAUGCUGGGGUACAGGACACGACACAGAGAUAAGUCUUCUGCAAAUCUCAGGACAGCUCUAGCCUAGGAGGGCAAGACUCCCUCCCCACUGUGAAGAGGUGAAGUCCAGCCUCACAGUUAGUGCAGUGAAGCUUGCUUUCCCUCCCCACUCAGGUUUUUUGGAAAGAAGACACAGCUUGUCCACUGUAGCAUUUCUGGAAUAAAUCCCUGCAUUUACAGGGUUCUCUUAGGGGAGACUAUUUUCACAGGUAACAUAAGCUACCUGGAAUAGUCAGAGCUUGAGAGAAUGCCAGUCCAUAUCUCAAGCAAUUAUGCCAAAUGACUUUUUUCUUGUAGCAUUUGCUUUUAACUGUUUCAAAGAAAUAAUUUUAUAUUAAAAAAAAAAAAAAAGGCAUUUUAACAGAGUCUGGGAACAGGUAGUUUAAAACAAAACAAAAAAACCUCACAAGACCAGAUGGUACCUGAAGAGUGAAUAAGGUGGUAAAACAUGAAAGGCAUUUUUUUGCUGGACACAAAACUAUCGCUUGCAUUUCAGUUACAGGCUAGCAGCUGGCUGCUAGCUGGCUACAGGCAAGGCACUUCCUAGCAGUGCACACAUAUGUCAAAAGGAAGAGCUGCCUGAAUAAAGAGGUAUCCAAAAGGCAGCCUCUUGCUUCUCCACAAUUCCUUGUUCCAGACCUCUGAAGGAUACACAGCAAUAAUGAAUGUUCGUUUCCAAAGGCAAUACGUAAUCUUUGCUUUGUUCAGGACUUCUUCUGUGUGGAAUUAUUCGUUUCUUUAAGCCUUUAUCCUGUCAUGUUUACUGGCAUUUACUGUGACAUUAGUGGAACUGUGGUAUCAUUUUUUUACAUUGUUUUGUAAUUUUAAUUUUGAUAUGUAAUGCAUGUCACAGCUGGAAACGAGCACAUGGGAGCCUUUAUAAAGCAGGCUCCAUUAAACUUCCUUUAAUAGAA